UGCUUGGUGGUAGGGGUGAAGCGGCUGGUGAUGUCUUGUCAUUGGUGUGGUCUCUUCUAUGCGGUAGCCUAUCACGUGUCGUUGCCCGCCAUGAUGUCUUUUCUUUUGCGUGUGCAUGGUUGCGCGUGUGGUUAGACUUCGGCGUGCCUCUCUGUUGCGACCAUACUCAUGCCAUUUCAGCCAGUGCCGCAUGUCUGUCUGUUUGCUCAUUACCGCGGCGGGGCUCUCCCCUUUAGCUGCCUUCUGUCUUCCUCUGCCAGCCCAGCCAGGACUUCCUGUGCAUGUGUCUGCCAAGUGCCUAUCGACUUAGAUCACACCGUACUGCAUCACAGUUAGUGCCCGCCCACAGCUCACUACCGUACAAGUAGACAGGCGCCACUGUGGCAUCAUACUCAGUGCUGUGUGAAGGGAUGGAGUGCACCUUAGGUAUCGUCUAUCAUAUGUUGCAGGGUAUCAUGGCCUGCCUGGCUAUUUCCUUCUCUCUCCCUCUGCUGUCUUCCUGUCUUCCUUCCCUAUGGGUCCCGUGUGUAUAUGGUGGUGUAUUCAUGUGAUUGGCUGAUCGUUGCUUUGGUGGCUCAGAGAGCGCUCAUUUUUCCACUUCCCCCUUCUGGCUUCUGUACACUUGCCAUGGCUCUUGCUGGGCGACAGCGCCCGUUCUUGUGUAUGUAGCCGGAAUCGGUGUUUGUCAACGUUCUACAAGGCAGCCAGUGCUCUCUGCUGCCAUCUGUUUGUCCGCCGGUGCCAGUGCAGGGAAGGGUAGACAGGCCGUGUGCAUGCUUUGCAUGUACAUGCUGCUAGUUUAGUGCGUGAGACAACAGGAUCCCUCCGGGGUUACAGACACGAGUCUCGUAAACACACUAACCAACCAACCAAUCGGCGUUGCUUUCCAUCUCACCUUCUACUGAUGGAGGUGUCGGUGCGCAUCAGCAUCAGCAUCGGACCUGAUGCGGCAGACUCACGUGGCCAGUGAGGUACGCAAUGAGAGAAAUUGCAUGAAAAACGGGAUACUGUCUGUGUGUGAUGCAGAUGUGGCCCGAAGGCAGUAAUGAGUGGAGGCUCGACUGAUGCAUGUGUGCCCCGUGGCUGGGUCGGACGCAGCGCUGACAUCAGAUUCCCCGACGACACCAGUGAUGCGACCAGGCAGCUGUCCGAGGGCAUCCUCUCGCGCACCUUCACCCGAGCCCAGGAGGUGACCGACCUCAUUCGACAGCGGGGAGCCGACCCCAAUGUACUCCCUCGGCUGCGUGUGGAGGGGGAGAGGACAGACCCCAUGGAGUACCCCCUGCUGUCCCUGUGCAUCGACAACCUCACGGACAACAGCGUGCCGUCCAUCUUCGCAGCAGACGGCAAUGAUGACUGUCCCGUCGCUCUGCCGCACUGGCCGUCACCCGACCUGCAGGAGGGCGUCAUGCUGGCACUCAUCGAAGGAGGCGCGGACAUCAACGCCAUCCCGACCCACGAGGACGGCCGUGACUGCCCGGCCGCCGCGCCCAUCUGCGUGGCCAUCAGAGCGUGCAAUGAGAAGGCCUUCAGACUGCUGAUGGCACAGGAGGGGCGACAGCUGGGGGGCCGUAAGGUGAUGCGGGUGCCAUGGACACUGGACACGGACCGGCCCACCGAGGACCACGAGGCCACCCUGCUGUCCUUCUACCAGCAGCUCAUCGAUCGCGACCCCACCCUCGCAACCGAGACUGAUAGAGAUGAUGGCGGCAAGCCGGUGCAUUGGGUGGCCUGCGCCCCUCUCGUGUGGUCCCAGUCCUUUAUCGACAGCUACCUCGACCUGUUGGUGGCCAAUGGGGCAGACAUGACGGCAGCGGACGACGAUGGCGACACGCCACUGCACUGGGUGGGAGGGUGGGGGAACCACCGUGUAGCUGCCUCCCUGUGCCGCCGCCUCCCGUCUGCCGACAUCAACAGAGGGAGGCCAAAUGACCCCACCCUCACACCCCUCGGCAUCGCUGCCGAAUGGCUCCAUGAGAACAUUCAGCUGGAGGAGGACGACACUGCGGACGAGACAGACAAGACAGAAGCCACCAACGAGAUUCCCCACCUCAAGACCGCCAUCCGUGUGCUGCUGUGGGCGGGUGCAGACAUCGCCCGGCUGCCUAUGGCCACCGAGCAGCAGCACCGUCGUCGGCAGCUGGUGUUGGCCGAGUACAAGUCGGUGCUCAACGAGCUGUCCGAUGUGGUCAUGGUUGCCAUCAACGCCGCCCUCGCCCCUCAGCGCGACUACUCGAUGCUUCUGGCCCGUCUGCUGCCCCUGGCGCCCCACCACGAUGGCCACGCCACCCACCCAUCGCCCUCCAACCUCUCGUUCGGCCCACAGGAGGCGGAGGCCAUCGGCUGGUACGUCGGGUCCUUCCUGCACGAGCCCUCGACAGCUAUGGCGACCAUCGAUGAGUACCUGAUGGGCGAAUCGCUGCUCAGGCGCCGUGUGCGUGCUGCCGUGGCGCAUUUCGUGAGGCGGGCUGCCACACGGACGAGCAGCAACCGGCAGGUGGUCGGGGGUAGCCGGCACGGGCAGCAGGACGGAGACGCGGAGAGCACCAAUGUCGCGAUGCCGCCCCUGCAGUGCUUCGCCGUUAAUGGGGGCCUGCAGGGAGGCGGGCAGCAUCGGCUGCUGGGUGUGCGUGAGGUGGUGCACAAGGCCCGGUUGGACGAGGCGGCUCGGCACGGCGUGGAGGGGGUGGUCAAGGGCUUCAACACCCACCUCGGCAAUAGCGACUGCCAGUUCCAGUGGCAGCAGCUGGGGUACAUCGACGGCAAGGGGCGCUUUGUGUCCCUUGCUGCCGAAUUCCAGCCUUGCCAUGAUUGAGUGAAUGAGUAGAGGCGGGUUAGUGAGAGGCGGGGGCUUGUCGUGAUGAAUGAAUUACAUUGCCUUGUCACGUGCAUCGACUUGAUAGACUUGUCUUCUUCUCUCCCUUCUCGUCUGUAUUUUCUCACGAGUGCAGACUCAUUUCGCG